AAUAUAUCCAUAAUUUACCUGGGUAGAGACAUAAAUAAAGGACACCUGUCUAUUAAGGACACUUGAUCUGUCCCGUUGUUGUAUUUUAUAGAUAGGUUUGACUGUAGCUUCAAAAUGAUACUUUUAUGAUAUCUUAAACUGGUCAUUCUGGUCAUUCUAACUAAACAUAAAAGCUAUCAUACUAAAACUCACGACAUAUAUGGAAGGGAUGUUCGAUUGGGAUGUCAUUAUUCAUCAGGAAUGAACUUUUCUCUUCAAAUCUGUAAUUCAGAACACGAAUAGAAUUCGGGUACAUAGUGCCUCACCUGUACGACAGAUGUCGCUAACACGAAAAAGUACUUCCUGGACUAUUUAGCACUCCUCACAAACAUUCACUGAGAAAAGUGUGUUAUCUAAAAUCAAUACUCAUUCUUAUGUUGUAAAAUAUGACCCAUGCAUCAUAAAUGCAGGUGAUCACCUUCCAUAUGAACAGUCUCUUAUUCACCCUUUCACCAACUCACACGUAAUGUCUAAAUACAAGUUAAUCUUCUUCCCAUACCGAGGGAGAGGCGAAUUGGUACGCCUUACAUUCAUGGCUGCUGGGGUAGAAUACGACGAGGAGAUAAUUGAGAAGAAGGAAUGGCCUAAAUUCAAAAGUAAGAUGCCCACAGAACAGCUACCCGUACUGGAGGUGGACGGGAGGCGGUUAGCACAGAGUCUGGCUAUAACCCGAUACCUAGCCAGGGAGUUCGGUUUGGCUGGUCAGGGUAACCUUGGGCAGUGUCUGGUCGAUAUGGUGGUGGAUACGGCCGCUGACGCAUUCAAAGAGUAUCUCAAAUAUCACAACGAGACUGACGAGGACAAAAAAGCGGAGCUGCAGAAGAAGGUGGUGGCAGAAAUCACACCACAGUUCGCGAGAAUUUUUCAAAAUCUCUUGGAAAAUAACGACGGAACAAAUGAUUGUUUUGUAGGCUCCAGUUUGACCUUAGCCGACCUGGCUUUCUACGAAGUAUUCACGCACUUUCUUGGGCAUAACUCCGAGGCUUUGAAAGACUUUCCAAAGUUGGCAGCAAACCGUAAAAUGGUUGAAGAGAACAAAAACCUAAAGCAGUACCUGACAAACCGCUAUGAUAGUAUUAUCAAUCCCAGGCGGCUGCAGCAACCACAGAGACACGCUCACAUUUCCCUGAGCAGCAUGUCGACAUACAAACUGAUUUAUUUUGACGCCCGUGCGAGGGCUGAGCUGAUUCGUCUGGUAUUCGCAGCAGCUGGACAGACAUACACAGAUGAAAUUGUCAAUGAUACAGAAUGGCCAGCCCUCAAACCAAAAAUGCCUACAGGCCAGCUACCCGUACUGGAGGUGGACGGGAAGCAGUUGUCACAGAGUCUGGCCAUAGCACGAUACCUAGCCAGGGAGUUCGAUAUGGCUGGACAAGGAAACCUGGAGCAGUGUUUGGUUGAUCAAGUAGUUGAAACAGCGGCAGACGGAUUUAACGAGUUCUACGAAUAUUACAAGCUAAAUGAGCAAGAAAAAGACACAGACAAAAAGGAGGAACUCAAAAAGGCAUUUGUAAGUGACGCCGUUCCAAAGUUUGCAAGAAUCUUCACCACCUUUAUUGAAAACAGUGGAGGCAAAAACGGAUACUUUGUUGGAGCAAAAUUGACUAUUGCCGAUAUGGCAUGCCACGAUAUAUUUACAACAUUUCUCCUACUUAACCCAGACGCUUUGAACGACUUUCCCAAAUUGGCAGCAAACCGACAGAAAGUGGAAGAAAACGAGAAAAUAAAGGAAUACAUAGCAAAGCGUCCAGAAAACUCGAUAUAGAACCCACACAUCAAGAGGCUUCGCAGUAUAUGAUGAGAUAUCGAUAUUUACAAAGAAAUUUUCCACAUCUCACGGAAUGUGACAUAUCUACUGGAAUCAAUUAACUAAUGAACCAGUUGUUUCCAUGUGGUUAUAUGUAAGGUGUAAUUAAACCCAGCAAGUACGUUCUGAAUAAAAAUAUUAAAAGUCACCCAA